CAUAGCUCUCCUUACAAGACUUGAACUCAAGACCUCAAGUUCAAGAGGUGUGCGCUGAACUAGUUUACCACCUAUGGCUUUGUUUAGAAGGUUCCCCUAUACAAUAUAAAAGGAUUCCUUCAGAAUUUUCAAUAUAACUUAACAUUAUAAAAUACGAAAUGAACGGGUUCCUGGGAACCCCCAAAUUAGCUCUAGAUCCGCCUCUGACCGUUCAACAUCUCCAGAGUGCCCCAAGGGUGUCACGAUGGUCUCCGACGACCGUAAGACGACGAUGGUGAGUUGCAGCGAUAAAUCGGUUUCCAGCAACUGUCGUGCAUGUCGCCUAUUUUGUCAGAUCGAAACUGUUGGUGGUUGAUUUUGACGGCGGUUAAGUGAUGGCCAAGGCAAUUAAGGCUCGAUCCGUAGUGCAGUUAUAGAUUGGGGAUGGCUGGUCGAUUUUCGCCGCUGCUGGCGACGACGUUUCUUCUCGCGACUCACCGUAUUCAAACAACCACUCUCGAAACAUCUUAUGCGGAAUCGAUAAUUUUCCCAAAAAAGUUGUGGUUUUGUAACGACGAUGGUGAGAAGCCGUUGGUGUAGAUGGACGGUUUGGAAAAAAAAAUUGGGCGAAUAUCGAGGUGCCACGUCAGCUGGUUGGCAAUGGCAUCCAACUUCGAAAAUGUUAUAGAGUUAAUUAAUUAAUUAAUAUGUCACUUUAUUUAUAUCUUUUAAAAUAUAUACUAACAUUUAUAAAAGAAAAUAUAGAUAUAUACUUAUGUUUGAACAUGGGUUACUUUCAAUGUUUUUAGCUUCUGUUAGUCAUUGUAACCGUAUGCUUUCGCGGGCAAAAAUUCAAAACAUCACUCGUUAUAUCUCCACAAACAUUCUAAAUUCCCCUUCAAUUCAAAGUGUAUAUUCUUCAAAUCUCAGAAUCAGCAGCCUCUCUAGUCAAGGGAAAAUGGACCUUGCACGCAAGCUGUUCGACGAAAUGCCUAAACGAGAUAUUGUUUCUUGGAACUCACUCAUCACGGGCUACUGGAAAAACGGGCAUAUGGGAGAGUCCAAGAGCCUAUUCGAUGCAAUGCCGGAGAGAAACAUAGUGUCUUGGAACUCCAUGAUCGCGGGUUGCAUCGAAUGUGGGAGCAUAGAUGCUGCAUUUGAGUAUUUUAGCCAAAUGCCGGAGAGAAACAUCGCGUCGUGGAAUGUUAUGAUCGCCGGGUUUGUUCGGUUUGGAAUGAUCGAUAAUGCGUUGAAGGUGUUUGAUGAAAUGCCAAGGAGGAAUGUGAUAUCUUAUACCGCUAUGAUUGAUGGGUAUGGACAGAUUGGGGAGGUUGAUAAAGCUAGGCGGUUGUUUGAGUCAAUGCCGGUUCGUAAUGAAGUUUCGUGGACUGUGAUGAUCAGCGCGUAUGUGGAGAGUAAUCGGUUUGAUGAGGCUAGAGAGCUCUUUGGUCGGAUGCCUUGCAAGAAUGUAGUUGCUGUGACCGCGAUGAUUACUGGUUGUUGUAAGGAGGGAAAGAUGGAAGAUGCUAGAGUGUUGUUUGAGCAAAUCCGACACAAAGAUGAUGUUUCGUAUAAUGCUAUGAUAACAGGUUACGCUCAAAACGGAAGAGGUGAGGAAGCACUAAGACUACUAGUAGAUAUGAUACGUAGUCGGUUAAGACCAGAUCAAUACACUCUUGUUUCGAUUCUUGUUGCAUGUUCCGGUCUUGCUUCACUAACAGAAGGCAAACAAACUCAUGCACUUGUAUUCAAACAUAGGCUUGACACUCACGUUUCUGUAGCCAAUGCUUUGAUCACUAUGUACAGCAAAUGCGGGUCUCUUCCGGAGAUUGAGUUGGUUUUUGAACAUAUUUGUGCUCCGAAUAUUGUUUCUUGGAACACAAUCAUUGCUGCUUUUGCACAGCAUGGACUGUAUGAGAAAGCUCUCGGUUUUUUUAAGAAGAUUGAAUUGCAUGGAAUUGAACCAGACGGGGUCACGUUUCUUAGCCUGCUGUCUGCUUGCGGUCAUGCUGGUAUGGUGAAGGAGAGUUUAUAUUGGUUUGACUCGAUGAAAAACACUUACAAGGUGGCACCGAGGCGUGAGCACUACGCUUGUUUGAUCGAUAUAUUGGGUCGAUCCGGUCAAGUUGAGACCGCGUAUAAGAUGAUUCAAGAGAUGCCGUUUGAAGCCGACUUGGGAGUGUGGGGUGCGCUUCUUGCAGGGUGUCGUUUUAGUUUGAAUAUCGAGUUAGCUGAAUUAGCCGCACGGGAAAUCAUGAGGUUGGAUCCUAAAAACUCGGGGGCUUACGUUAUGUUGUCUAAUAUUUACGCUGCAGCUGGUUUGUGGAGAAAAGUGAGUCGAGUGAGACGUUUGAUGAAGGAAAAUGAAGUGAAGAAGCAAACGGCGUUUAGUUGGAUGGAGAUCGACAACACGGUGCAGUAUUUUGUGGGAGGAGAUGUAUCGCAUAUAGCUAUUGAUGAGAUUCACACUGUUAUUGUACAACUUUACUCACAGAUGAAAGCCAUGGAGUAUAUUACUUAGUUUAGCAACACAACAUAUGUUAUAUGUAUAGAUACUAAGCUUUUAGUUUAUGUUUUUAAACUUUAACUAAAUGUGUCAUAUGACACUUGGUACAA